GGUCGAUGAACUUCCAUAGAUAGAUAAAAUCGUCACAUAGAUCGAUGAGCAAGAGGAAGACUCCGACCACCAACUAUUACCCGGCGGCGGAUCUCAAUCUAGACAUCCUCCUCCUCCUCUCCGCCGCUCCUCCACCAUCGGCGGCGGCGAAGAAGCUCAAAUCGUCAUCAAUGGACGCUCAGGUCCCAGAUCGGGACCGCCCUGACGACGAUUCCCCCGCCACUUCCGACUCUUCCUCCGACGUCAUCAACACCGAGGAAGAACCGUUUCCCCGCUCUUUUAACAACACCGCCACCGCCCCCGCCGCUCCUUCAUUCGUAUUCGACAUUUGGAGGAAGGAAGUGCCAGAUGCGCCGUCGUAUAGUGUUCCGACCACCCACCAGCUUUUCCCGGAGAGCAGCGCCGCCGUCGGCGUCGCGGGAUCCGAACUCAACCUCCUUGCCGCGCCGAAUCAGUGGCUGAAGCUGUCGGAGGCUGAAUCGAUAGCUGGAGCUUCUGCCGUCGGCGGCGGGGGAGAGGCGCCGCCGGCGCCGCCGAAGCCGAGGAAGAGCAGGCGUGGGCCCAGGUCGAGGAGCUCGCAGUACCGAGGGGUUACCUUUUACCGGCGAACCGGCCGGUGGGAGUCUCAUAUUUGGGACUGUGGGAAGCAAGUCUAUCUAGGUGGUUUCGACACUGCCCAUGCUGCAGCCAGGGCUUACGAUCGGGCUGCGAUCAAGUUCCGGGGGGUGGAUGCGGAUAUCAACUUUACUUUGGGUGAUUACGACGAAGACAUGAAGGCGACCAAGGAUUUGAACAAGGAAGAAUUCGUGCACGUGCUGCGGCGGCAGAGCACGGGGUUCUCACGGGGGAGCUCCAAGUACAGAGGAGUAAACCUUCACAAAUGCGGCCAAUGGGAAGCCCGCAUGGGCCAGCUCCUCGCCAAUAAAGCUCAUGACAAGGCAGCCAUUGAGCAGAAUAGCACGGUAGCAUUGACAAAUUUCCAGCCAAGAGAACUCAACACUAAUACUUUUCAUGGAAGGGAGGACGAUCUUGACCUAAGGUUGGGAAUGUCACCAAAAUCAACCAGCGAUGGAAGAAAGAAGAACCCCACAACAAUCAUGGAAGCAAGAGUAGUACCGCUGGUUGACAAAACCACAGCCACUAGCGUCGAUGGUCCUAGCAGUAGAGCAGCAGGACCGCCGUUCGGUUUCCAACCCAUCCACGGGCUGCCCAUUAAUAUCGCCUCCAACAACUUCUCAACUUGGCCGCCACCUCCACCGUCCUCCGCCUUUGACCCGCAAAUUAGGGGCAGCGGCAAUAUUCCUACGACAGCAGGAGGCCAGUUCGCCAGUAGCAGUAGUUGGGCGCAUCAUCAGCAAUUCACCGGCGUUGUUAAUACCGACGGCGUCCCCAUGUGGCCGUCGCCGUCGCCGCAGCAGCAGAGUGCAGCAUCAUCAGGAUUCCUAGCUUCGUCUAGUAUUAACAUGAACAGACCAAACGCGCGUGUUGGCGGCGGUGGCUCUUCUUCGCCUUCUCCGAAUGUCAAUAAUCCCUUCUUCCAAAACGGCAACCAGUAUUGCUACUCUCACAAUAGGCCGGGGCAAUAGUGGUAUUUGCCGAGGCUUCCCGUCUCUUAUCGUGAUUCGUGUGUUUAAUUUCCGGGCUACUUUGUAGAAAUGUCAUUUUAAGUUAGCUCUGGGGGUUUUUUUUUUUUUUUGCUUUCUCUGUACUGUUAAUUAAAUGGAAUUAUUAUUUUUGUAUAAAGUCACACUACUCUCUUGCAG